AUCGCAAUGCCCUUUCGACUCGUAUAUGAAAUACAUUGAACUGAACCUGUGCCAAAGAAACCUACAUGUGCCUAUUUUAUUUGUUUUAAAUUGUAAUUUAAGUUGUAAUUCUUUAAUUUUCACGAUUGAACAUACAUUCCUCGUUUGCCGGUUGAUCUGUGUGUUUUGAAUCGUGGUUGAAGGAAGUGCUGUAAUGGAAAAAGAUUUUGCAGCGUUGAAACUGUUGGAUUCAGAUGCUGACUGGAAUUUAACAGAAACUGUCGAUUAUUCUAAGACACCUUCGUCGCAACGACUUCAUAUAAGACAAACCUUGGAGUCCGAAAAGCAGUUUAACUUGGUUAGACAAUUCAGUUACGAGCAAAUUUUAGACAGAAAUGAAUCUAUAAGGCAGGCAAGAUCAUUGGAGUCUCCACGGUUUGACAGUGAAUACCGUAACGAGGCUCAAACAACAGAAUUUUUCAAAUCUCCCAGUCGACAAUCGUUCAAAGGUAACAAUAUAUUACACGCUCCAAAAUUUGAGUUGAGAAGAACAGUGAGCGAGACCCAAUGUAAUGAAGUAAAAAAUGCCAUAGAUACAAAUAAAGUUACAUUCCGUUUACCUUCCUUUAAAUCAAAUGUGCCAAAUCAAUGCCCUGAUGGUCAACCUAAGGACUUUGAUAACAUAAAUAAUGUAAUAAAACAAGAGAACGUUGUAACUAAUGUAAAUAAGAAUACGUAUCAGAAUGUAAAAAGUAAAUUGAGGCCUCUAGUAGCCAAGAGUAAAAUUCCGGCUAAACAGAAGUCACACAUGUGCUACUACAGCUGCUUGACGCUGUUUGCACUGCCAAUAAUUGCUAUGAUACUUUCACUGUUUGUAAAUUUGAACGUGCACACAAUUUGUCACCGUGCAACGCUGUUCUCCAAUGCCAGUCAGAACUUGCAACAGGCGAUACAUGGGCAGGAUGAUUCAGUCUCGAAAAUCAUUACACAUUUAGAUCAGGACUUUUUUUACUUAAAAGUACUGUGCCUCGUCGGUGGCACUGGUGUUGGUAAAUCAUAUACUGCCGAGAUCAUAAUGAAACAUUUCCCCUUGCGAGAAGAAAUUUUUACGUACGACUUAUUAGUAGACCCUUUGUCAGACGAAACUAGUUUAAGCUCACUGGAAUCCUUUCACUUAAUAAUAAUGGAGAAUCUAAAACUGAGGAAUCUAGAUAUCUUCGUUAAUGUGAUAGAAAAGUUGAGUAAGAAGAAAGACAAAUGUAUUACGAUAAUAGCUAUUUUUAACGUGGCAGAGGUGGAUGACAAUUUAAAGAGAAAGAUCGACUUGGCGCAAAGUACAAAUAAGAUCGCCGAAGCGUUGGCGCAUAAAAAAAUAGACAGUUUGAUCGUACCUUAUCAACCAUUGACCGAAGAUGUUUUAGAAAUGUGUAUAAUAAAAGCAGCGAGAGAUAGCGAUUUAAAAUUGACGUCGAAUCAGAUUAAUGAAAUUAAACAAAGCUUGCUGCAGUCUGGUAGCGGCUGCAAGGGAGCUCACGCUAAGGCGCAAGUUAUUGGUCGAUCGGCAGACGUUAAUUAAUUUAGUUAGUUAUUCUUGUUACACAUGUUCCUCAUUAAAAUAUAUUGUAAGUUUGAAGGCUGUUACGUGUGAUAUCAUUUUGCUAUAAUAUUUUUAACGCGUUUUGUAGAACCCAUGUAAGUUCUACAUAGUUUUUUGUAAGAAGGACUUUGCGUUAGACGAAGAUUGUAUACGUAAGCUCAAUAAAAAAUAUAUUUGAUAAC